AUGACUACAGACCAGGUCCAGACUCCGCUGCAACAGCAGCAGCAGCAGCAACAGCCAGUCUCGUCGCUAACCCAACUUUUCAGCAAAUCUAGCUCAACGAAAGAUCCCGGGACUGCAAACAUAACCCCCGACAUCACCAACAACAACACCCACAGCUCCAACACCAGCGACGAUGACUCCUCGGGCAUCACCAUCAAGCAGAAGCCGACCCCUAAUCGUAUCGACACUGCCCGGACGCCGUUGGAGCCCGAGAUCAUCAAUGGGUUUGAACCUUCGCCGAAUGCAAAAGCCUACACUAAUGGCGGUGCAGGUUCCUUUUUUGCGCCGGCGUCGCCAUUCACGAGACAACCGUCAACUAGCUCCUUCACCAGCAACCAUGCCUUCCAAAAUGCCAGUAGAGCCGUUGCCAGCCCUAGGUAUCUCAGGAAUAAUUCAGUUAGCCACUCGUCUUUUUCAACUGCCCCGGGGGAGAGUUUAGCUUGCUCGAUACCCUACUGCGCACCAGGUGGGAAGGGCAACAACAACAACAACAACAACAAUGGUAACGGCAGUAACUACACUGCAUCUCAAAAUGGACAAAGUAAUGGCGGAGCAGGAGCCACGGCUCCGUCUUCAUUGCUGCGAGAAGCCCUUUUGACCUCUCCCUCCAACGUCAGUGCCAAUGCCAAUAGCAACGACUUUAACUCAACAUCGCAUAUUCCCAAUUUACCCAAUGGCCAGCCUAUAAGCAGUAUUCACAUAUCCUCACCUCAAGUCAACUCAUCCAGCAUCGACUCGAGAUUCGUCGUCUCCAAGCAAAGAGUCGCUCAAGCGCAAGCGGCGCAGUUGAACUCUUCGCAGAAAUCUGGCUCUCAAAGCGGAUUAUCGUACUUUUUUGGCUCCAAGAGCAAACCGAGCAAAAAGGACUCCACGACUGACUUGGGGUCCUUUUACAAUAACUCAUACCAAGACCAUGAACUCGCGGGAUCACCAUCGUCAUUCUCGUCAACGGAUUCUGUCCAGUCCUCGCUCAAUUUCAACGGACCCGGGUCUACUAUGCCUUCGAGACACAACUCGAUGAGCAAUUUAAAGAGAUUUUUCAAAAAAUCCACCCCCGUGUCGCAAACGCCAGUCACUUCAAACCUUUCCUCGUCAUUGCGCGGCAAUAGCGUUUCCAAUUCCGUAAGCAUCCCAUUGCCAGCAUCCAACAGCUUUUCCUCCACCACGGGCCAAGGCCCAUCCAACGCCGACACUUUUUCCAAUUCCUCAUUUCCAAAUUCACCCAGCGCGUCCAUCAGCCGGUCAUCGACAUUGCUGAACAAGAUCAACUACCAAGAACGCCGACAAUCAGUCUCGCAAGUCAUCAACCAGAACCAACAGUUGCCCUUUUCCAAGAGAUAUAGCAAGUAUGGAGAAAGUCUUGGCGCAGGUGCAGGCGGCUCGGUGAAGUUGGUGACUAGAACCAGCGACAACAAGAUGUUUGCCGUGAAAGAGUUUAGGACAAAGUACCAAAGCGAAUCAAAGAGAGACUAUGCGAAAAAAAUCACUGGUGAGUACUGUAUCGGGUCGACCUUGAAGCACCCAAACAUUAUAGAAACUGUGGAAAUCUGCUACGAAAAUGAACGAAUCUUGCAAGUCAUGGAGUAUUGCGAUUACGACUUGUUCGCUAUAGUCAUGUCCAACAAGAUGUCACGAGAGGAAAUCAGCUGCUGCUUUAAGCAAAUCUUGUCUGGUGUCCACUACCUCCAUUCAUUGGGAUUAGCGCACCGUGAUUUGAAGCUAGACAACUGUGUCAUUGACGCUAGAGGUAUAGUCAAGAUCAUCGACUAUGGCUCUGCCGUGGUCUUUUCCUACCCCUUUUCGAAAACACUAAUUGAGUCACAGGGCAUAGUCGGCUCCGACCCUUACUUGGCACCAGAGGUGUGCGUGUUCAACAAGUACGAUCCGCGACCCGUUGACGUGUGGUCGACAGCGAUAAUAUUCUGCUGCAUGAUGCUCAAGAAGUUCCCAUGGAAAGUGCCCAAAUUGUCGGACUCGAGCUUCAAGCUCUUUGCCACGCGGGGCGAGUUUAUCCCCAUCUCGGAAAUGCUCAAGAAAACCCCGCAGGACCUCGCUGCUGGCACCUCGAGCAAAAACGGCUCUUCUGGCGCGUUGAGCAACUUGGGAGACAUUAGCGAGGCCGUGGAAGAAAUCAAACCCAAUAGCGGCAGCGGCAGCGGCACAUCUACGCCCAAAGUCACCUCGGGUGCUAAAGACCACACUUCGAGCGAGACUGGAGCUGACCGAUUGCUCCUUGCGUUGCCGGAAGACUGCCGCACGUUGAUUGGCCGCAUGGUGGAACUCGCACCAGCAUGCAGAAUCACCAUGGAUGAAGUGUUUGAAGACCCAUGGUUAAAGUCUGUGUGUAUGUGCACCGUGGAGGAAACUGGAGUCGGCAGCGGUGUGUUUGAUGUUAUCAAGUGCGAUGAUCAUGAACAUACCCAGGUUGAUCAGAGCAAAGCACACAUUGCAGCUUUCGAAAAGAAUAGGAAGAAGUGA